GAUCUCCAGGCGAGCAGCAGGCAGCAGCAGGAUCGCGCGCUCUCAGACACACAGCACGUUGGAUUCAUGGAUCCAGAGGCUCGUGCCUGUCAUACCAGAGGCGAACCAGCUCGAGACGUGUUUACACAUCUGCACGCGCUCUGUGCACGAGGUGGGGAGUUCACCAAAUAUAGAGUUUGAUGCAGGGAGAAGAGGCAGUUCAGUGCUCAGUGCCAGGUUAAAAACAUCAAGAAGCUUGCUCACACAUCUCAGGACUGAAACUGAUGUCCAGGAGUGAGCUGAAGUGAAAGUGCAGCAGAAAGACCACCCUGCAGCCAACUUGGCAUCCAAUCACCAUGCCUGAGCAUACUUAAAUAGAGCUACUGGUACAAAUAAAACAACGAUAAAGCAGCACUUCCUGGCUUCUGACCAGCUUAACUUCACUGAGAUGACCGUACGUCUUUUGUGGUGACCGUGGUGGAGUGCGUGAGGUCAAAAUCAGCAUGCGUCCGUGGGCGGGGUCCUGGCGCUGGAUAGCCCUGGUGCUGCUGGCCUGGGGGACGCUGCUGUUCUACAUCGGGGGCCACCUGGUGCGGGACAGCGAAUACACACCUCGGUCCAGCAGAGAGCUGGCCAAAAUCCUCACCAAACUGGAGCGCCUCAAGCAGCAGAAUGAGGACCUGCGGCGCAUGGCACAGGCACUGAGGAUUCCUGAAGGACAGUCUGAUCGGCCCGUGUCUGCAGGCAGGCUGCGCUCUUUAGAGGAGCAGCUGAGUCGAGCAAAACAGAAAAUACACAACUACCAGAGACUGUUUGGAGACGCUGGUCCAGGCCGUGAGCAGGAGGAGUACAGGCGGAAAGUGGAGAAGGGUGUCAGAGAGCUGUGGUACUUUGUUCGCAGUGAAGUGAAAAAACUGAGCCAUGUGGAUCCAGCAGUGCUGCAGAAGCACACAGACACACUGCUGCAGGAUCUGGGACACCAGCAGAGGUCCAUCAUGACGGACCUGCACUACCUCAGCCAGGCAGACGGAGCUGGAGAGUGGAGAGAGAAGGAGGCGAAGGAUCUGACCAUGCUGGUGCAGAACAGGAUAUCUUAUCUCCAGAAUCCCCCUGACUGCAGUAAAGCGCGGAAGUUGGUGUGUAAUAUUAAUAAGGGCUGUGGUUAUGGCUGCCAGCUGCACCAUGUGGUUUACUGCUUUAUGAUCGCUUACGGCACCCAGCGCACACUCAUCCUCGAGUCGCACAACUGGCGCUAUGCCAACAACGGCUGGGAGACUGUCUUUAGGCCGGUCAGCGACACCUGCACUGACCGCACAGGAGCGUCCACCGGACACUGGUCAGGCGAGGAUAAUGACCGGGAAAUCCAGGUGGUAGAGCUGCCUAUAGUGGACAGUCUUCACCCCAGGCCCCCCUAUCUGCCCCUGGCCAUCCCGGAGGACCUAGCCCCCCGGCUCCAGCGUCUCCAUGGUGACCCUUCAGUCUGGUGGGUUUCUCAGUUUGUGAAGUAUCUGGUGCGUCCGCAGGCCUGGCUGGAGAAGGAGAUGCAGGAGGCCAGCGUCAAACUGGGCUUCAAACAUCCAAUUAUCGGAGUGCAUGUGAGACGGACAGACAAGGUCGGGACGGAGGCGGCAUUUCAUCCUAUAGAAGAGUACAUGGUGCACGUGGAGGAACAGUUCCAGUACAUGGCCCAGCGCAUCCAGCUGGACAAAAAGAGAGUUUAUCUGGCCACUGAUGAUCCCUCACUGCUACAGGAGGCCAAAAAUAAGUACCCAGACUACGAGUUUAUCAGUGAUAACUCCAUCUCGUGGUCAGCUGGGCUACAUAAUCGUUACACAGAGAACUCUCUGAGAGGAGUUAUACUGGACAUCCACUUUCUGUCCCAGACUGACUUCUUGGUUUGCACCUUUUCCUCACAGGUUUGCAGGGUGGCGUACGAGAUCAUGCAGACGCUCCACCCGGAUGCCUCCUCCUUCUUCUACUCUCUAGAUGAUAUUUACUACUUCGGAGGGCAAAACGCUCACAAUCAGAUUGCCAUCUACCCACACCAGCCCCGAAACGCCGAGGACAUCCCACUGGAGCCAGGCGACGUCAUCGGAGUGGCAGGAAACCACUGGGAUGGCUUCUCCAAGGGCAUAAACCGCAGGCUGGGCCAAACAGGCCUGUAUCCUUCCUACAAAGUGAAGGAAAAGAUCGAAACUGUGAAAUACCCCAUUUAUCCUGAGGCGGACAAACUGAUCACGUCACAGAGGAAGAAAUAAUGAAGGAAACGUGUUUUCUGUCAUGACAGAUUGUUCUCCAAAAUAAAAAAAGGCAAAAGGUUUCGUGCUUUCUGUUCCAGGGCAUUGUGUUUGA